AUGUAAAAAAACGGGGUAAGCAAAGAUUUUCCUGCAAUUUUGAUUCUCUCUUGAGAAACCCUAAUGAACGCGGAUCCAGUGCAUCAUGAGUGGCAAUCGAGAUUGAGGAAUUGGAAUUGGUCUUGGUUGAGCAAAGGAAAAGAGAGAUGUAUCUGAAGAAGCCGUUAUGGAGUGAAAGUGGGAAAGGGGAUGAAAGCGCAAAGACAGAGGAUUACGGUGCAGUGAGCGAGGUCGUUAACUCACUGCAACAACACAGAGUCUACAGAGAAGUCACUCUUGCCCUCAGAACGGGCCUCACCGACGCACGUGCCGAAUUCUCCUUUCUCCGUGUCCGUGCUCUCCGUUCCAUUCUCAAAUUCCUGCGUUCCGUUGCGGAGUCCGACUCAACCAUUCAAUUGUUUAACCAAACCCAAUCCAUUCCCCAACUCCAAGUGGUUCCGGUUCUGUUUCAGCACUCAUUGAGAGAGAGUGGGGAUGAUUACGGUGAGAACAGGGUUGGAGAUUUGAGUCACGUGCUUGGUGUGGUGCCAAAGAAGUUGACCAGUCCAUCCACUGAUGCUGAAGUUGCGCUCGCUCUUAGAGUCUUGGAAGGUUGUUGCUUGCUUCACCCACACAGUACCGCUCUCGCCCAUCAACACAAUGCCAUUCAGGUUUUAAUGAAUAUUUUAUCCACUCGUGGAGUACUGGAGCAAGGUGCAUGUUUAGAUGCUCUAAUCUCAUUGAUGGUGGAUUCAUCAUUCAAUCAAAUGGAUUUUGAGAAAUGUAAUGGUAUUAUGGAAGUUGCUGACCUUCUAAGAGACAAACAAGUGGACGAGAAUCUCAGGUUAAAAUGUGGAGAGUUUUUGUUGCUGCUCAUUGGACAUGUGAACGGAAGAGAUAAGCCUCCUUUGGCAACUAUACAUGAAGAUACAAGGCGUCUUCUGGGGGAGAAGUCAGCCUCCUUGAUAUGGGCAGCCAGUCAGUUAGGGUCAACACUUGAUCCAGAGCAGGGACUAACAGCUCUUCAGAUCCAGGCUCGCAGGGUCCUUGAAUCAUUGGACUUGUACUGAAUUUUAAGGAUAACACGUAAUUUUAGCCAAUUGUCUUCAUUUGAUUUGGAAAUAUUGGCAGAGUAUGCACCCUGUCGUUUCCUAUUUUGUAUGUAUAUUCUCCUUAGAUAUAAUAGUUGCUUUUGCUAUCCGAUUAUUAUCUUUCUUUGAUGUGGUAUGAUUUUCUUCUGUCGCGACUAUUGAUGAAUGCAAAAAGUGUGAAUUC